UAAUGUCAACCAAGAGACAAAACUAAAAAGAGAAGUUAAAGAUUAUGCCAACAAUUUAAGAGCAUAAUGAUCGUACAAAUAUUUAAAUUGAUAGUGGUAGCUGAAAUUCCUAAAAUGUUUACUAAUGAAGGUACUUUACAAAGUCAUUUUAGUUGGAGAGAAUCAGAAAUACUAUCAAAAUGAUUACUAGAGGGAUACAAAUGAGUAUUAAAAUUAAGAAGUAAAUUUAAAUCAUUAUUGGAAGAAAGAAAUCAACUUAGAUUAAUUUGAACAACAUUAUGCAUAAAUUUCAAAUAACAAUAUUAUCGAUAACAAUAAUCCACAAAAAUUGAUAGAUUUUAAUCAUUAAUAAGAUUGUAAAAAGAUGUAAAAGUAGAAUGUUUAAAUUAAACAAACAAAUGAUAUUCAAUAAUUACAAGAGAUCCCAAAUCCAAACUAAUUAGAUAGAAAAAAUUAAUAAAAGUAAUCUAAAGAGAUUAAACCAUAAAGUACAUUAAAUGAAGAAAUCAAAAUAUUUGAAGAAAGAAUAGUGAAAUAUACAUCUGAAGUUAAUCAAGAAAUAAAAUUGAGUCCUAAACUUUCAGAAGAAUGGAAAAAGAAGUUUACAUUCAUCAAAAAAAAGAAAUGAA